UUCCAAGCACAGGCAAUGGUGGACAUUGUAAGAGCUUUGGGAUGGAACUAUGUUUCCACCUUGGCUUCUGAAGGCAGCUAUGGCGAAAAAGGCAUGGAAUCUUUUAUACAAAUUUCCAGAGAGUCAGGUGAUCUCUGCAUUGCCCAGUCAUUGAAAAUCCCACAGGAUCGCAAAAACAAGACCUACGAAUUUGAUAAAAUUAUCAAGCUGCUUCUAGAUACACCCAGAGCCAGGGCUAUCAUUGUCUUUGCCUACGAUGAGGAUAUAAAACAAAUCCUUGCAGCGGCAAAAAGAGCUGAUCAAGUUGGUCAUUUUCUGUGGGUGGCUUCAGACACUUGGGGUUCCAAAAUGACUCCAGUAAUUCAACAAGAAGAUGUUGCAGAGGGAGCAAUCACCAUCCUGCCUAAGCGGGCAACCAUUGAAGGAUUUGAUACCUAUUUUACGUCCCGCACAUUGGAAAACAAUAGAAGAAAUGUAUGGUUUGCAGAAUAUUGGGAAGAAAACUUCAAUUGCAAGUUAACCAUUAGUGGGUCAAAAAAGGAAGACACUGAUCGUAAAUGCACUGGGCAGGAAAGGAUCGGAAAAGACUCUCACUAUGAACAGGAGGGUCGAGUGCAGUUUGUGAUCGAUGCUGUUUAUGCCUUGGCUCAUGCCCUCCAUCAGAUGAACAAGGAUCUGUGCAGUGAUUAUUCUGGGAUCUGCCCAGAGAUGGAACAUGCAGGGGGCAAGAAGCUACUGAGAUAUAUACGCAGUGUUAACUUCAAUGGUAGUGCUGGCACUCCAGUGAUGUUUAAUAAGAAUGGUGAUGCACCAGGACGUUAUGACAUCUUUCAAUAUCAAACCACAAAUACCUCCUUGCCAGGCUACCAUCUGAUAGGCCAAUGGACAGAUGAUCUACAGCUCAAUAUGGAUGAAAUGCAGUGGGGCAAAGGAGUGAAGAAAAUUCCUUCUUCAGUCUGCAGUCUUCCCUGUAAACCAGGAGAACGAAAAAGGAUUAUGAAAGGGAUGAGCUGCUGCUGGCAGUGUGAACUGUGUGAUGGUUACCAAUACCAGUUUGAUGAAGUGAGCUGCAAGCUGUGCUCCUACAAUCAACGACCAAAUGAGAAUCGCACCGGAUGUAGCCCUAUCCCUAUUGUAAAGUUGGAGUGGCAUUCACCAUGGGCAGUCAUCCCAGUCUUUCUGGCCAUGCUUGGAAUUAUUGCCACCAUAUUUGUCAUGGCAACCUUCAUUCGGUACAAUGAUACUCCCAUUGUGAGGGCUUCUGGAAGGGAACUUAGCUAUGUUUUGUUGACAGGAAUCUUUUUGUGUUAUAUCAUCACUUUCUUGAUGAUUGCCAAGCCAGAUGUUGCUGUGUGUUCUUUCCGGCGUAUCUUCCUGGGAUUGGGAAUGUGCAUAAGCUAUGCUGCCCUGUUGACUAAAACAAACCGUAUCUAUCGCAUAUUUGAACAGGGCAAAAAAUCAGUGACAGCACCCAGGCUUAUUAGCCCAACAUCACAAUUAGCAAUCACAUCAAGUUUGAUAUCAGUACAACUUCUUGGAGUUUUCAUUUGGUUUGCUGUUGAUCCACCAAACAGUAUUAUAGAUUAUGAUGAACAUAAGUCUAUGGAACCAGAUCAAGCCAGAGGCGUUCUCAAAUGUGACAUUACGGAUCUACAAAUAAUAUGCUCUUUGGGGUAUAGCAUCCUCCUAAUGGUUACAUGUACUGUUUAUGCCAUCAAGACUCGGGGUGUCCCAGAGAAUUUUAAUGAAGCCAAACCCAUUGGAUUCACUAUGUACACUACAUGUAUAGUAUGGCUUGCCUUCAUUCCAAUAUUUUUUUGCACUUCCCAAGCAGCUGAAAAGGUCUAUGUACAAACCACCACCCUUACAAUAUCUAUGAACUUAAGUGCUUCAGUGGCCCUGGGAAUGCUUUACAUGCCGAAAGUUUACAUCAUCAUCUUCCAUCCUGAACUAAACGUCCAAAAGCGGAAACGUAGCUUCAAAGCAGUAGUAACAGCAGCCACUAUGUCAUCACGACUAUCACACAAAACUAGCGACAGGCCCAACGGGGAAGCAAAAACAGAACUUUGUGAAAAUGUAGAUCCAAACAACUGCAUACCACCUGUAAGAAAAAGUGUUCAAAAAUCUGUUACUUGGUACACUAUUCCACCUACAGUAUAG